AUGGUGUCUCAAAGAAGUAUAAAUGCAAACCCUGCCAAGGUACAAGCUGUCCUGGAUCUGGUAGAACCCAAAUCCAAGAAAGAUGUAAUGAGAUUUACUGGGAGGAUGGCAGCGCUCUCCAGAUUCAUAGCCAAGUCCGCGGAACAAUCUUUACAGUUUUUCAAAGUACUUAAAGGAAAUAAGAACUUCUUCUGGGAAAAGAGCAAAAGAAGGCCUAGUCAAACCACUAUAAGUGCUGCAAUAGUUAGAGAAGAGGGAAAUGUACAACAACCCAUAUAUUUUGUGAGCAGAAUCCUGCUAGAUGCUAAAACCAGAUAUUCCUUGAUUGAGAAAACAACUUAUGCUGUUGUGGUGGCUACUCGGAAACUCAAACCAUAUUUUGAUGCCCACCAAAUAAUUGUGCUUAUCGAUCUACCACUAGAGAAAUCCCUGGACAAGAUAGAAAGGACUGCUAUCAAAGGGCAAGCCUUAGCAGAUAUAUUUGCAGAAUGCACACAUAACCCUGAACUGAAAAAAGAUGCUCCUGCAUGGCAGCUGCUCACAGAUGGCUCUUCUAGGAAUGUAGGAGCAGGGGCUGGAGUUGUUUUGAUCUCUCCUGAAGGGAAAACUAUAGAAUACGCUCUAAAAUUUCAAUUCAGGGCUACGAAUAAUGAAGCUGAGUAUGAAGCAGCUAUUGCUCUACAGAGCCUUGGAAGCAAAAUACGUACGGCUAAGGAUGGAUUCUUAGUUGGUAGUAAAUCAGAUCCUGGGGGAGUAGCCAAAGAGCCUUCAUUGCAAAAAUAUUUAGCCAAGGUUAAAGGCCUAGUUGCAAUUUUUGAAGGCUUUGAAGUAGAGAGGCUCACCAGGUCACAAAAUGAACAGGCUGAUGCACUAUCUAAAUUAGGGAGUGCCGACCAACAUAACAUGAAAAGAUCUGUCCUGGUGGAAGUGAAACAUCAAAGUGUCAUUCACGAAGAUGCAACUUCAAUAUUCGCAAUUAACAGGCUGAAUCUUCCCCCAUGGAUGGAGAAAAUGCUGAAAUACAUAGAAGAAGGUGAACUCCUAGUAGACCCUAUCAGAGCCAAGAAGAUCAAAAAUCUGGCGCCACAGUUCACCAUCAUCAAUAAUGAACUAUAUAAAGUGGCCAAGAGUGGUCCACUGUUGAAGUGUGGCGCCAAAUCUCUAGCCCACAGAGCAUUCAGAGCAGGAUACUAUUGGCCUAACACCCUCUCGGAUGCAAGGAACGUGGUGGAAAAAUGUGAAAAAUAUCAGAGGUUUGAGUUACCCAUUGUUCUGACAAUGGACAAUGGAAAUCAAUUUGAUUGUAACACCCUGAAAGAGUACCUUAGUGGCUUUAAGAUUAAGGUUGUAUAUUCAUCAGUCUGUAAUCCUUAG